GCAGCAAACCAAUUUCUAACGAUGGUUUGGUUGUAAUUCAGAUGUACAGAAAGUAUAUUUUGUUGCAAAUUGAAAAUUGUGAAGUUAUUUGGUUAAUGAAUAGCAUGGCCUACUUGAUUGGAACAUUCUGCAAGCUGCGUACCGGUACUGGUGACAUUGAGCCGAGCUGCCCCCGCUUCUGUUACUGCGGCAUGAACCCUAAGCUAAAGCCGAUGAUAGUUAGAUGGAAAACAAAGUUGUUAGUCAAGUUUAGGAUGAAGAUAGUCUAAAUAAUAAAUACAGUGCAGUUUAUGGUUUCCUACCAAUUAAAAAGAAAAAAAAAAUCACUACUUCCCUUCUGGGGUAACUCUUCAUCCUACUAACUGGCUAAAACACAACAUACUGUUAGGUUUUGAAAAUGGGGCUGGUAGUUUGAAUGGUAGUUUGAAUGGUAGUUUCCUGUUGACUCUUCCCACCAUUUUUGCUCUCUUUCUUUCUCUAUUGAGCAAUGUUGAAUUCAUAAUGAUCUUCCACCCACCAGUCAAACUUUAGUUACCUUCAAAGCCCUUUAAAAUAUAUGUCAUCAAACAUUACCUCAAAUCUUACUUUUCUCUGCAAUAAUCCACUCAAUUCAAGUCGUGUUUUUACUCUAAGCUCAAAAUUUGGGGGGUUCUCCAAGUGCUUGUGCGAAAAACAGAGGAGGGAGUAGAAGAUAGUUUGAACAUCUGCUUAGUUAUGGUGGAGGUUGCACUUAUUUUUCGCCUAGUAAUUGGUUUUUCAGGUCUGCAGGCUGUACUUUAAGUCAUGGCAGAAGGCCUGAAGGAGCCACUCCUGAGUCCUCAGGAAUUCAAGAGAGAUGGGAUUGAUUUGGAACGUUUACCUGUGAAAGAAAUUUUUGAACUAUUGAGUACCUCACAAAACGGACUUUCAACUCAGGAUGCUGAAGUCCGCUUGAAGAUUUUUGGACCCAAUAGACUUGAAGAAAAGCCGGAGAACAAAAUAUUGAAAUUUCUUAGUUUCAUGUGGAAUCCUCUGUCGUGGGUUAUGGAAGCUGCUGCUGUGAUGGCACUUAUCCUUGCUAAUGGAGGAGGCCAAGGACCAGAUUGGCAGGACUUUGUAGGCAUCACAUGCCUACUGCUCAUAAACUCAACAAUUAGCUUUUUAGAGGAAAAUAAUGCAGGGAACGCUGCAGCAGCACUUAUGUCACAUUUAGCUCCAAAGACAAAGGUCCUCAGAGAUGGGCAAUGGCAGGAGCAAAAUGCAGCUGUUCUAGUUCCUGGAGAUAUUAUUAGCAUAAAGCUUGGUGACAUCAUCCCUGCAGAUGCUCGUUUGCUCGAAGGGGACCCACUGAAAAUUGACCAGUCUGCCCUCACUGGGGAAUCUUUGCCUGUCACGAAGAAAAGUGGUGAUGUAGUGUUCUCAGGAUCAAUAUGCAAACAUGGAGAAAUUGAAGCUAUAGUAAUAGCAACCGGAGUGCACUCUUUUCUCGGAAAGGCAGCAUACUUGGUGGAUAGCACUGUAGUCGUUGGACAUUUCCAGCAGGUCCUUACUGCCAUUGGAAAUUUCUGUAUUUGCUCCAUAGCAGUAGGAAUGGUUAUUGAGAUCAUUGUUAUGUUCCCUAUUCAACACCUUGCAUAUAGAAGAGGGAUGAACAACCUUCUUGUUCUUUUGAUUGGAGGAAUACCCAUAGCUAUGCCAACAGUUCUGUCUGUUACACUUGCAAUUGGUUCUCACCGUCUAUCCAAACAGGGUGCCAUUACAAAAAGGAUGACAGCAAUUGAAGAAAUGGCUGGAAUGGAUGUUCUAUGCAGUGAUAAAACAGGCACUCUGACUCUGAAUCGUCUAACAGUUGACCGGAGCCUUGUUGAGGUUUUUAACAAAGAAAUGCAGAAAGACACAGUUGUCUUAUUUGCAGCCAGAGCAUCAAGACUGGAAAACCAAGAUGCUAUUGAUGCUGCUAUUGUCAACAUGCUUAGUGAUCCAAGGGAGGCACGUGCAAACAUCCAAGAAAUCCACUUUCUGCCUUUCAAUCCUGUUGAAAAACGUACAGCUAUAACUUAUAUUGAUAGUGAUGGUAAAUGGUACAGGGCCACUAAAGGAGCUCCUGAACAGAUUUUAGCUCUUUGCCCUGAGAAAAAUGAGAUUGCUGGAAAAGUCCAUGACAUGAUAGACAAAUUUGCUGAAAGGGGACUGAGGUCUCUUGCAGUUGCCUUACAGGAAAUUCCAGAGAGAACAAAGUCAAGUCCAGGAGGCCCUUGGAUAUUUUGUGGGCUGUUACCUCUUUUUGACCCUCCUAGACAUGAUAGUGCUGAGACUAUUCGAAGAGCCCUUAACCUUGGAGUUUGUGUUAAGAUGAUUACGGGGGAUCAGUUAGCAAUUGCAAAGGAGACUGGUCGACGACUUGGUAUGGGAACUAAUAUGUAUCCAUCAUCAUCCCUGUUGGGACAUGACAAGGAAGAAAAUGUAGCCCUUCCAAUUGAUGAGCUUGUUGAAAAAGCUGAUGGAUUUGCCGGUGUUUUCCCAGAACACAAGUAUGAGAUAGUGAGAAUUCUGCAAGAAAAGAAGCAUGUUGUGGGAAUGACUGGCGAUGGUGUAAAUGAUGCACCAGCUUUAAAGAAAGCAGACAUUGGAAUAGCAGUUGAAGAUGCUACCGAUGCUGCAAGGAGUGCAGCUGAUAUUGUAUUAACAGAACCUGGUUUAAGUGUGAUUAUCAGUGCUGUCCUGACUAGCCGGGCCAUAUUCCAGAGGAUGAAAAACUACACAAUAUAUGCAGUCUCCAUAACCAUCCGUAUUGUGCUUGGUUUCAUGCUCUUGGCCUUAAUCUGGGAGUAUGAUUUCCCACCAUUCAUGGUUCUGAUUAUAGCUAUAUUAAAUGAUGGAACAAUCAUGACAAUAUCUAAAGAUCGUGUCAGACCAUCUCCAAGUCCUGACAGCUGGAAACUGAAUGAGAUUUUUGCUACUGGCUGUGUCAUCGGGACAUAUCUCGCCUUAGUCACUGUGUUAUUUUACUGGGUCGUAAAUUACACAGAUUUCUUCGAGGAGCAUUUUGGUGUGGGCUCUCUAUCUGGAAACACAGAGAAAAUCUCAUCUGCAAUAUAUCUGCAAGUUAGCAUCAUUAGCCAGGCACUCAUUUUUGUUACUCGGACUCAAAGCUGGUCAUUUCUAGAGAGACCAGGAGUUCUUCUCAUGUCUGCAUUCGUGGUGGCCCAAUUGGUCGCCUCCUUGAUAGCAGUCUAUGCAAACAUUAAUUUUGCUUCAAUCAAUGGGAUUGGAUGGGGAUGGGCUGGUGUUAUAUGGUUAUAUAGUCUGAUCUUCUAUUUCCCUCUCGAUAUUAUCAAGUUCAUACUUCAUUACGCCCUAAGCGGAGAAGCUUGGAAUCUUGUAAUUGAAAAAAAGACUGCAUUCAAUUCUAAGAAAGAGUAUGGAAUGGAAGGUAGGGAGUCUGAGGGUGAGGAACAACAUGUAACUCGAAGACGGAGUUGUAGUCUGAUUGCUGAACAGACCAAACGACGUGCUGAGAUAGCUAGAUUACAGGAGGUUUACACAUCAAAAGGGCAUGCAGAAUCAGUUAUGCUUUUGAAGAAGGUGGAUCUUGGUUCAUUCUCAUCUACACAUACAAUCUGACAUCCUAUGAAAACUAUCAACUUUACAAAGGCCUGAAUAAUUAACAACAAUGCAUUUUUAUCAUUGAUUAAUUAAUAAAAAUUAUACAACAAUAUUUGCGAGAACCCAUAUCUCAAUUUACAAUCAUAUUUCUAGAUUUUUCUUUAUCUAGAUUUUUCUAGAUUAAUACUUUAACAUUCCCCCUUAAUCUUGAAAUUUUGUUUUGCCCUUGUCAUUAGCAUCCUUCUAAUAAUUUCAUAUUUCUUCCUAA